CGAGGAGUGAUGGUGCCACCACACGGUAACUGGCACCCAGAGCAGGCACACUAGCAACACUCUCCUCCUGCAGGACAACAACAGCAAGAUGAACCAUCGUGUGGUAGUGAGUCUGGUGGUGGUGGGGCUGCUGGCCGCCUCCUUCACCCCACAGUCCCACGCCCAGGUCCUGGAGGGUCUGGCAGCGGCUGUCACCGGUAAACUUGCUGGACUGUGGCGGAACGGUGAGGUAGAGCUCCUGGGCCACUACUGUAGCUACAGCGUGACGCCCACAAUUCGGCGGUGGCAACUGUACUUCAGGGGCAGGAUGUGGUGCCCAGGCUGGACCUCCAUCAGGGGGGAAGCGAUGACGAGGAGCAAUUCAGGAGUGCAGGGAGACACUACAAGGGACUUCGUCACUAAGGCCCUCAAUGCCGGCCUCAUCAGUCAACAAGAAGCCCAGGCAUGGCUUGAUGGGUAGACACCAAGACUGGCCGCAACGAGCUCACACGCUCUUGUGCCAACCCG